UGGCCGAGCCCGGCCCGCCGCGCUGGCGAGAUGGCGGCGCAGAAGAUUAACGAAGCACUGGAGCAUAUCGCAAAAGCGGAGAAAUACCUGAAAACUGGAUUCUUAAAGUGGAAACCAGAUUAUGACAGUGCAGCUACUGAAUAUGGGAAGGCAGCUGUUGCUUUUAAGAAUGCCAAGCAGUUUGACCAGGCAAGGGAAGCCUGCUUACGGGAAGCUGAGGCGCAUGAAAACAAUAAAGCUCUCUUUCAUGCUGCCAAAGCUUAUGAACAAGCUGGCAUGAUGCUAAAGGAGAUGCAGAGGCUUCCUGAAGCAGUUCAGCUGAUUGAGAAAGCCAGUAUGAUGUACCUGGAGAAUGGGACACCAGACACAGCAGCCAUUGCACUGGAACGGGCUGGAAAGUUAAUAGAAAAUGUGAGUCCAGAGAAGGCUGUGCAGCUCUAUCAGCAAGCAGCAUCGGUGUUUGAAAAUGAAGAACGUUUACGGCAGGCAUUAGAAAUGCUGGGGAAGGCAUCAAGACUUCUGGUCAGAGGACGCAGAUUAGAUGAGGCUGCUCUGUCUCUUCAAAAGGAAAAAAGUAUUUAUAAGGAAAUUGAAAACUACCCCACUUGCUAUAAGAAAACUAUUGCUCAAGUCUUAGUUCAUCUUCAUAGAAAUGAUUAUGUUGCUGCAGAAAGAUGUGUGAGGGAAAGCUACAGUAUACCAGGAUUUAAUGGAAGUGAAGACUGUGCAGCACUGGAGCAACUUUUAGAAGGAUAUGAUCAGCAGGAUCAGGAUCAAGUUUCUGAAGUCUGUAAUUCUCCACUCUUCAAAUACAUGGAUAAUGAUUAUGCCAAGCUUGGUCUUACCUUGGUGGUCCCAGGAGGUGGAAUCAAGAAGAAGUCACCAAACGCUGCCCAAGACAAAGCCAGAGGACCAGCUGCAGUGGGUUCUCAUGCUGAUGAGGAAGAGGAUGAAUAUUCUGGUGGACUCUGCUAGCUACAGACUAGGUUGUCAUCAGUAUCUGACUGACCUGUGAUGCUGAGCGUAUCCAAAGGUACCAGAUUUACCAGAGCUUCAUUGCAAUUGUGAUAUGGGAAUCCUAAUAUUUACUUGGCAGCUUCUGGGUGCAAUGCAGGAGAAAAAGCAUGAUUGUACCUAUCAUCUUGAAACAUCUUUGGACUUCAUCUCUUACCUGGCAGGAACUUCCUUAGGGCCCUGCCUUCAGCUGACGGGAUAAAAUUAAGAAGAGUUUUACUAAAAGCACAGUUUAAAAGAAACCAAAACCUCAGAAGCACUGGAGGGAGAGUGGUACAAAAUUUUAAAUGCUGGAUUUCAACAGCUGACACUUUUGGUCCCAGUAAGAUGUUUGCAGUUGUUUUCAGAGUUCAAUGUGUGAUCAUUCAUCUGGCUAUUUAUCUCCUUUUUAAGACCAUUUAAGGCAGACUGUGCCAGGCAAGUUUUUUACUUGUGGAAGCACUAGGGGGAGCAUUUAGUUUGUUUUCAACGUGUUCUUACUUCACUGGGGAAUAUUAUUUUAAUACCUUAUUUCUUACAGUAUCCACAUGAGUGUGAAAAACACUAAGCUAGGUUGAAGUUAUCUUGCAAGCUUAAAAAUGCACAUCUGCCUUUCCUCAUAAGGAAUUUAUUGACCUGAACUGCUUGGAAGUAAAUGUGUCUAUAGUGUUUGUAAUGUGCACCUUAGAAAAGGAAGGAGUGAGCAGCCAUUCCUAGCAGUGUUUUUGAAGUGUGCCAUAACCAAAAAAGAAACUGAAGUUAGCAGGUAACGUGCAAUAAAUAAAAACUUCUGAAGACAAAUGUUUAACAAGGACUUAGGUGGAAUGUUUUAGUGAUAUGUUUGAGUUCAUGAGCAUCCUAGGUGUUAAUUUGCUAAUCAGUAUGCUAGUCUAUGAAGACAUUUGAGUCUUUCUUAUUUUCAAAGCUUUGAACAGAUAUCUCCUGUAAGUGGCGUUAUUCAAACUAGCUUAGAAUCCAAGGUAACCAAAUUUUAACGCAUCCUAUUUCUAUUUGGUUUCAAGUCACCGUGUGUUUUGCAAGCUUCUUUAGUGUCCUAAAUUUGUUUCACCAUUUUGUGCUUAAAAGUUGUUAAGUCUAGAGGUUGUAUCUGUGGCUUGUUUCUUCAGCAGGACCUAAGCAAGGUCUGACGUAGGGUGACAUCACUUGGAAUCCAGCAAGGAUUUGUAUGUGAUGCCCAAAGCUCCAUAAACAGGAGACCAAAAGCACAGUCUAAAGUGUUGAGAUAGUUUCUGCCAUAUUAAGGAAUUGGUUGUCAUCAAAAAUAUCAAGCAUAUGUCUGACAAAAUUGUGUCAGGUGUAAUUGUGAUGAAGGUUCAAAUUUUAGAGGGCUAAUGCUCACUUCCCUUGGGGUGAAUAGCACUUAGUAACAUUGAGAUGGGAGCACAAAGUGCAGCAUAAUUUUCUGUCUCAUUAGAAAGUCACAUUCAAUUUAAUGGGUGUUCAAAAACCAGUUUUGUGUCUUUGUUUUGUGUAAUAAUAACCAUGAGUUUUAAACCUAUUUAAGAUCCACCUGUAGUUCUUCACUAUCUGAAGGGUAAUUUCCCUUUGAUAUUGAUGAUGUAUAUAAAAGUUUUGACUAUGAAAUUUUAGGAAUUGAGUUGUUUUUCACCAAGAAUGCUUUCAUGAAUGAUGGUUUUUGAAGACUUUCCUAGAAUUCUAGAACUCUUCUAGAAUUUUUGCUGUAUUUGAUUCAAGUUGAACAUAACACUUACUAUGGUAGAAAAAAUGCACACGUAGAAACUCAGGGAACACUAAGGAAUUUUCUUCAAGCAUUUCCUGCUCCUUCUAGUUCUGAAAUCAGUUUUGUUCUGUGAGCCCAAGGAGUCUGCUUUUUGUGUGUGUGAACAAUUGUAUGUAUCUGAAAUGAUGAGGUACAUAAGAAAACUGGGAACUUUGCGUGCUUCUCUGGAAGAAUUUUCAGAUUUAUUUAAACUGUGCUUGUAACACUAACAGGCCAUUAAAAGAAAAAAUGAAAUGAUUUGUUGCAUUUUUAAAACAUACUUUCCAUAUGGCCAAAAAAGAAAAAUAUGUUCAAAACUGUUUUCCCAUCUCCCUCAAGUUGUUUCUUUGUUCUGUGCCAAGUGUGGAAAAUCUGGAACAAAAGUGGUUGAUACUAAACAUGUUAAGCUGCCAUUGAAUUGACAUUUCUGAUUCUUAGUAGUAGAAUCUUAAUCUUUAAUUGCAAUGUUGCUGCAAAGACCAAAUCUGCAGAAGUGGAAGCAUCUGAAAAUAAGAUGGUCUAUUUUAUAUAACUUAUUCUCUCCUAUUUUAGACAGUGAAAGUGUGUUAGGAAUGUGAACUGCCUUUUAGUAAAUGUUUAACUAUAGAGAAAACUGUCUGUAUAUUAUGUGUUAGUGUUUGUUUCUAUCUUUCAGAGCAAUUUGCACACUUAUGUAAAUACCAUUUAAGUGAUCUAAAAUGGAAAAUAUAACAUUUACAGCAAGAGAGUUUCCAAAACCAGUGUUGACUAUAAUAAAAAAUAAACUGUGCAUGGGGACUGAGCAAUGGCCGAUGCAAUGUAUAUGUAAAAUCAGAAGAUUUCUAAAUUAUCUGUAACUUAAUACUCAAGUGGAUCAUCAUUACUCAUCAAGAUCAUCAAGUGCAGUGUGAAACCUGUGCUUUACUCAUUCUUUUCCCAAAUCUGUGGUGUAAUAAAGUACAAAGUGUGUUUGUAACAGCUCUACAGAUGCUGCCUCUUGAAAAGAGGCUGUGUGUUUCACCAACAUGAAAAAUAAAACUUGAAAU